CCAAUCAAAGCACAAAAAUGUUAAUUACCUAAACAAAAACCGGUUCCUAUUACACGACAUGUCAUAACUGCAUCAAUUAGCUACAAACAAAAAGGAAGAAAUCGAUCAUAGCCGCAGAAAGUGGCACAACAUUACAAUUCAUCGCAACACAUCCAUGUGACUCGCUUGCUUCACUAAACGCUGUAAUUGGCUGCAAAACAGACCGGAAAACAAUUGAACACAGCUUUUUUACACAACGAACAUGCGCGUAUUUGGCAUUGGCAACCCUUGACAAAUUGGCCAAGACAAGACCACAUACAGCCAGAGUUGGCAGACAUGUUACAUGUCUGUUACACUUUUGACGUUUCGUAACGUCAGCGCCGUGUUUUUUCCGAACGAACUGUAACGAGAUAUAAUUGGAUUACGUUAUGCAACGGCCUUUUGAUCGCACUGAUUAACGCGAGUCGGUACUUAGCUUUAUUUUUCUAAUGACUCGAGUGCAACGCCGUGAAAUUAGGCCUCUGAGGUUAUUGGUCGUGCAUAAUUGGUCAUUGAUAAGUAUUACGGCAUUGUUGUAACAUUUUGCUUAAAGAGACUGCAAUCGCAUUCCUUUUUAUGUCAGCCAAAUAUGAAAGUAAUAGAUGAUUUUGAAAACCAUCAAGAAGUUCAAUGGAAUACAAAAGCAGGCUUUGACCCACACCUACUAAGACAGUACCUUGCCGACCAGCAUGGCGCUGGACCGGCGGCAGCACAGACACAGAUCAUACCGAGACCACAACACGCACAGCAGGCAGCUCCCAGACCUGCCGCUCAACAACUGUACACGCUCCAAGGCGAGAGCCAGUACCAGCACCAAGCUCAACCCCAACAGCAGUACCAACCUCAGCCUCAGUACCAACCGCAACCCCAACCGCAGCAGCAGUACAGGCCACAGUAUCAGGCUCAAGCCCCAAGGCCACAGGAACAACGCGAGCCCGAGGAAUAUGACCCCAACCCUUCCUACCAGUUCGGUUUCGACGUGAACGAUGACCAGUACACGAACUACCAGAACCGUAAGGAGCAGAGAGACGGUGACGUCAUCAAGGGCUCUUACUCCGUGGUCGACAGCGAUGGCUUCAUCAGAACUGUGACCUACACCGCUGAUCCUAAGGAAGGUUUCAAGGCUGAGGUAUCAAGACAGCCCACAGACAUCGUAGUCAAGAUCCCCACACCUAAGCCACAGGCUCUGAUCCAGCCCCAACAGGUCGCUCAUGCCGGCCACGCCGCUCACGCACAGCCCCGGCCACAGCAGCCCGCCCCACAACAAUACUACCGCUACGAACAAUAAGUUUAAAUAAUACCUACCUGUCUACUUCUAUGCAAAGGAAAAUUAAAAAAAAGAAAUGUCAAAUUGACAAGCACAGAUUACAAACUUGUGCUGGGUUGCUAUCAUAAAUACAGGGUUGCCAACAAUAAUAAAAUCCUUGUAUGAGUUUCCAAUCGGUUUGAAAUUAAGUCAUAAUUUUAAUUAAGUAAUUCAAACCAAUAUUGCGUAGAUGUAGACAAUUUAGCUAGUGUGUAUAAAAUAGGAUAUAAGGUUACUGUGUGCCUCGUGAAUAAAGCUAUAAAUUACAAUUGAAUUACAUGUUGUAUCGUUGUGUGAAUAAGACAAUUAUACACACAGACGGUCAUUUUAAACUUAGUGAAUAUCCUAAUUUAUAUUUUUGUACCUAUAGGAUUAAGCCUAUGGAAGCUAAGUAAAAUUGUAGUACAGUUAGACGCCAUAUUUGGCAAAGCAAGGAACCCCAAUGUGAAUAAAUACAAUGUAGUAGAAAUGUUAUUUAAAAUUUUGUGAUUGCGAAAAAAUAUGUAGCUUAUUCAAUGAUAAUAAAGUUACUAUUAUUUA